AUGGAAAAAGCACCCAACUUGACACCUUCCAGCAAAGACUCAACCCUCACAUUCCGCGAAGUCACCGAAGACAACUGGCGCGCAGUAGCAAACCUGACACCUAAAGACGGCCAAAUAGGAAACCUCGCGCCAAACGUUUGGUCUCUCGCCGAGGCCCAUUACUCCGAAGACGCAUGGGUCCGAGCCAUCUACGCCAACGAAACGCUUGUCGGUAUGCUCAUGAUGGCUAUCUGGGAUCCUGAUGAAGCCUACUAUAUUUGGCGAUUCAUGAUUGAUGGCCGGUAUCAGGGUCUCGGGUAUGGUCGUCGUAGUGUAGAAUUCGCGAUUGCACAUAUACGACAGCACAAUCCUCAAGCGAAGAAGUUGGGGGUCAUGUCGACGCCCUUGGAAGGGAAGACGAAUGAAGAGAAUCCGUCAAGAAGUGUGAAACCUGAAGAUUCACCUUAUAGGUUUUAUGAAAGGCUUGGUUUCAGAGAGACUGCGCCAGCGGAUGAAGAUGGGGAUGUUAUGAUGUCUAUGGACUUCAAGUUGUAG